AUGGUCGACCUCCGUGAUGUCAAGAUUGUGAAGAAGCUAGUCAGGACUGUCGAUGAUACUGAGCUUAUGAAGGAUUUGUUGUUUGAUAAGAAAGUUAGGCAUGCCUUUGGUAGACAUACCCGAAUGGAGAAUGCUAAGAUUAAUAGUAUUGUGGUGAGUGAUUAUUCUCAAAUGGAUAGGAUUUUAAAGAAAGAGAUGAGUUAUAUUUUGGGUAUUAUUGAGAAUAUUAAAGCAAUUGGUUGUAAUGUGUUGUUGAUUCAGAAGAGUAUUUUGAGAGACGUUACUUAUUUGUCUCUACAUUACCUUGUUAAAGCUAAGAUUUUGUUGAGUUAUGCUGAUCUUGCGGAGGAACUUUCUCUUGGGGAUGGGAAGAUUCUAAAGACUUCUAGUACUAAGUAUAUGGGAAAGAUCAAAACCGUGCUUGUUUGUGGAUCCAAUUUUCUUGUGCUUGAAGAGGGCGAAAGGAGUAUGCACGAUGCUUUGUGUGUUGUUAGGUGUUUGGUUGCUAAGAGGUUUUUUGUUGCUCUUUGUGGUGAGUCGGAGUUAUAG